AGGGGCGGGACUUCCUGCGGAAGCGGAGGGGGAGGGACGGGCCGGUGGGUGCGGCUGACACAUCAGUGGUGUUCCAGGCGCUGCGCGCGAGCCCAGGAGGCGAGGAGGGACCCGGGCUUUGUGGCCAUCUCUCCGGGUCCCCACGACGCCGAUUUCCGUGCAAGGAUGGCUCGGGGCGAGCGGCGGCGCCGCGGAGCGCCGGCAGACGGAGCGCGGACCGCUGAGAGGGCGGCUCGGGGCGGCCCCGCGCGACGGGAAGGCCGGGGCGGCAGGCCCCGGGGCGCGGCUGCGGGAGCCGCUCUGGCCGUCGUGGUCCUGUCUCUGGCCCUGGGCCUGUCGGGAUGCUGGCUGCUGGCAUGGCACCGUGCGCGGCGGGCUGUCACGCUGCACUCUGCGCCCCCGGCGUUGCCUCCCGACUCUUCCAGCCCCGCCGUGGCCCCGGACCUCUUCUGGGGCACCUACCGUCCUCACGUUUACUUCGGCAUGAAGACCCGCAGUCCGCAGCCCCUCCUCACCGGACUGAUGUGGGCGCAGCAAGGCACCACCCCGGGGACCCCUAAGCUCAGGCACACGUGUGAGCAGGGGGACGGCGUGGGUCCCUAUGGCUGGGAGUUCCACGACGGUCUCUCCUUCGGGCGGCAACACAUCCAGGAUGGGGCCUUAAGGCUCACCACUGAGUUCGUCAAGAGGCCUGGGGGUCAACACGGAGGGAACUGGAGCUGGAGAGUGACUGUAGAGCCUCAGGCCUCAGGUACCUCUGCUCUCCCUUUGGUGUCCUUGUUCUUCUAUGUGGUAACAGAUGGCAAAGAAGUCCUAGUGCCAGAGGUUGGAGCUAAGGGGCAGUUGAAGUUCAUCAGUGGACACACCAGUGAACUUGGUGACUUCCGCUUUACACUUAUGCCACCAACCAGCCCAGGAGAUACAGCCCCCAAGUAUGGCAGCUACAAUGUCUUCUGGUCCUCCAACCCAGGACUUCCCUUGCUGACAGAGGUGGUGAAGAGCCGCCUAAAUAACUGGUUUCAGCAUCGGCCCCCAGGGGCUUCCCCUGAACGCUACCUCGGCUUGCCAGGAUCUCUGAAGUGGGAGGACAGAGGCCCAAGUGGGCAAGGACAGGGACAAGGGCAAUUUUUGAUACAACAGGUGACACUGAAAGUCCCCUUUUCUGUGGAGUUGGUGUUUGAAUCAGGCAGUGCCCAGGCAGGAGGAAGCCAAGCCCUAGAGCAGCUGGCAGGCAGCCUGCUGACCCAGGCCCUGGAAAGCCAUGCUGAAGCCUUUAGAGAGCGCUUUGAGAAGACCUUCCGGCUGAAGGAGAAGGGCCUGAGCCCUGAGGAGCAGGCUUUGGGUCAGGUUGCCCUCAGUGGUCUUCUUGGUGGUAUUGGCUACUUCUAUGGACAGGGUCUGGUGUUGCCAGACAUGGAGGUUGAGGGGUCUAAGCAGAAGGUGGACCCAGUCCUCUUUCCACCUGUCCCUCUUUUCACAGCAGUGCCCUCCCGGUCAUUCUUCCCGCGAGGUUUCCUGUGGGACGAGGGCUUUCACCAGCUGGUGAUCCAACGGUGGGAUCCCCGGCUCACCCGGGAGGCCAUAGGCCACUGGCUGGGGCUGCUAAAUGCUGACGGCUGGAUUGGGCGGGAGCAGGUGCUGGGGGAUGAGGCCAGAGCCCGGGUGCCCUCAGAGUUCCUGGUGCAACGGACAGCCCACGCCAACCCCCCAACUCUGCUUUUGCCUAUAGCCCACAUGCUAGAGGGUGGUGACCCUGCCGACUACGCCUUCCUCCACAGGGCCUUCCCCCGCCUGCGUGCCUGGUUCUCCUGGCUUCAUCAGAGCCAGGCAGGGCCAGUGCCACUGUCUUACCGCUGGCGGGGCCGGGACCCAGCCUUGCCAACCCUACUGAACCCCAAGACACUGCCUUCAGGGUUGGAUGACUAUCCCCGGGCUUCACACCCUUCAUCCACUGAGCGGCACCUGGACCUGCGGUGCUGGGUGGCACUGGGUGCCCGUGUGCUGAUGCGGCUAGCGGAGCGGCUGGGAGAGGCUGAGGCAGCUGCAGAGCUGGGCCCACUGGCUGCCUCCCUGGAAGCAGAGGAGAGCCUGGAUGAGCUGCAUUGGGCCCCAGAGCUAGGAGUUUUUGCAGACUUUGGGAAUCACACAAAAGCAGUGCAGCUGAAGCCUAGACCCCCUCAGGGCCUGGUGCGAGUGGUGGGCCGGCCCAACCCUCGCUUACAGUAUGUGGAUGCCUUGGGCUAUGUCAGUCUUUUCCCCUUCCUGCUGAGGCUACUGGACCCCAACUCAUCCCGCCUUGGACCCCUGCUGGAUGUUGUAGCUGAUAGCCGCCAGCUCUGGAGCCCCUUUGGUUUGCGCUCCCUUGCAGCAACCAGCCCCUUUUACAGCCAGCGCAAUUCAGAGCAUGAUCCUCCCUACUGGCGAGGUGCUGUGUGGCUCAAUGUCAACUACCUGGCAUUGGGGGCUCUUCACUACUAUGGGCAUCUGAAGGGUCCCUACCAGGCCCGUGCUGCCAAGCUCCACAGAGAGCUCCGUACCAAUCUGGUGAGCAAUGUGAGGCGGCAGUACCAGGCCACGGGCUUCCUGUGGGAGCAAUACAGUGACCAGGAUGGGCGAGGCAUGGGCUGCCGCCCUUUCCAGGGCUGGACCAGCCUUGUCCUACUGGCCAUGGCUGAAGACUAUUGAAGGGGGAACAUGGGAGGGGAGCCAGGCCCCUUAUGCCACUCUGGAGUCGAGGGACAAGGUCUCUCACUUCUGCCCCUAGCCCUCAAGUACCAGUGCUUCAAACCCUCCUCAGCUCAUCUCAGGUGUCUCCUUACUGACAUCCCACAUAGCCCUGGAGUGAAUGUGAAUUCAGAGUCUAUUUUUAUAAAUAAAUGGGAAAGCCAUGUCAAACUCUA